AUGGAGGAAACCAAGCUCUGCAGCAGUGACAAAGAGGAAACCUUCAAAAGAGAAUUACCAUACUGCAUAGGAGAAAUAGACUUCAUAGCUUCUGGGAAGAACCAUGGAAAGUUUAUGAAGGUCCAGAGUACCAUUCACCCUGGAAUUAUAUUUGAAGUUAUGCUCAACAAAUGGAAGCUACCUGCUCCCAAUUUGGUUAUCUCUUUAGUAGGGGGAGAAGAAGAUUUUCAGAUGAAGCCUUGGCUGCGGGACACCUUAAAGAAAGGACUUAUAAAGGCAGCUGAAAGCACAGGUGCCUGGAUUUUCACCAGUGCUUUGCGUGUAGGAGUGACAAGACACUUGGUGCAAGCAGUGCGAGAUCUUGCCCUGGCCAGCACCUCAUCCACCCUGAGCAUGAUUGCCAUCGGAAUAACCUCACUCGGGGAAAUCCAGCACAGAGAAAUCCUGGAAAACACAGAGAGUGAAAGCCUGGUCCACUACCAGUCAGAUGACAGCACCCAAGGCCCACUGUAUUCCCUGGAUCACAACCACUCCCAUUUCAUUUUGGUGGAGCACACCACACCAGAGGAGCUGGAUGGAACCACCAAGCUCCGCAUCACCUUGGAGAAGUACAUCUCAGAGCAGCGCACGGGAUACGGGGGAACGGGUAGCAUCGAGAUCCCUGUGCUUUGCUUACUGGUAAAUGGAGGACCAGGCACGCUUGAGAGAAUUUGCAGCGGGUUGGAAAAUUCUGCUCCCUGGCUUAUCUUAGCAGGGUCUGGAGGUACAGCUGACAUCUUAGCUGCAUUCAUCAAUGACCCACAGCUUAUCAUGCCAGAAGCUGUUGAAAAUCAAUUUAAGGAGAAAUUCCCUUCAAAGAGCUUCUCAUGGAAGGACAUUCUCCAGUGGACAGUUAUGAUUCAGAACAUUAUUUCACACCAGCACCUUCUAACUCUGCACAACUUUGAGCAAGACAGUUCCGAAGAAUUAGACACAGUAAUUUUAAAAGCCUUAGUAAAAGCCUGUAAAAGUCAGAGUCAGGAGGCUAAGGAAUAUCUGGAAGAACUGAAACUGGCAGUGGCCUGGAACAGGGUUGACAUUGCUAAAAGCGAAAUAUUCAAUGGUGACGUGGAGUGGAAGUCCUGUGACCUGGAGGAAGUGAUGAUGGAUGCUCUAGUCAACAACAAACCAGAAUUUGUAAAGUUAUUUAUUGACAAUGGGGCUAACAUAUAUGACUUCCUGACCUACAGUCGUCUGCAGAGACUCUACUGUUCCAUUUCUCAGAAAUGUCUCCUCUAUGAACUUCUCCUGAAGAAGCAUGAAGAAAGCAAACUGACCUUGGCAGGGCUCACUGGUCAGCAGCAAAGUGAGCAGAAGGAGAUCUGCCCUCUCUUCACUCUCAGUGAGGUCUCUAGAGUUCUCAAGGAUUUUCUCCAUGAUGCAUGCAAAGGUUUCUAUCAAGACCUCAGACAUGGAGGCAAGAAGAAAUCUGACAAAACGAACACAAAGCGACUACCUGGGCCCUUGGACAUGAACCAGAAAAGCGAAAAUCCUUGGAGGGAUUUGUUUGUAUGGGCAGUACUUCAAAACCGGCACAAGAUGGCAAACUACUUCUGGGCUAUGGGUCAGGAGGGUGUAGCUUCGGCUCUGGCAGCCUGCAAGAUCCUGAAAGAGAUGUCCCGCCUGGAGAUGGAGACCAAAGCAGCCUGUAUAAUGAAAGAGGCCAAGUAUGAGCAGCUCGCUGUUGAACUGUUUAGUGAAUGCUACCACGACAGUGAGGAGAGAGCAUUUGCUCUGUUGGUGAGGAAAAAUCAGUACUGGAGCAAAACCACGUGCCUUCAGCUGGCCACAGAAGCAGAUGCAAAGUCUUUCUUUGCACAUGAUGGUGUCCAGGCCUUCCUGACAAAAAUAUGGUGGGGAGACAUGUCUACAAGCACACAGAUCCUCAAGUUAAUUUGUGCAUUCUGGUGUCCUUUCCUAAUCUACACCAAUUUAAUAUCAUUCAGUGAGGAAAAACAAUCAAAGAAUGAGCCAGAGCCAUUUAGAGAGCUGGACAGUUUGGAUUCAGAGAGGACUCUGUUUUUCUCCAAGGAAGAUAGAGGUACUGACACAUUGGGAAAACAGAACCCUUCUGCAAACACAGCAUGGCCAGCAUUCGUGUUUACCCGGUGGAGAAAAUUCUGGAGUGCCCCUGUAACUGUGUUUAUGGGGAAUGUUAUAAUGUACUUUGCUUUUCUCUUUCUGUUUACUUAUGUCCUUUUACUAGACUUUAAACCACCUCCACCUCAGGGUCCAUCUGUUAAAGAAAUUGUACUCUACUUCUGGGUGUUCACCCUUGUCUUGGAAGAGAUCCGACAGAGCUUCUAUACAGAUGAAGACACAAAUUUAAUGAAAAAGUUUAAACUGUAUGUGGAAGAUAACUGGAAUAAAUGUGACAUGGUGACCAUCUUUCUCUUCAUAAUUGGGGUAAUCUGCAGGAUGCUGAAUUCAACUUUUCAAGCUGGCCGUACAAUACUCGCCAUUGACUUUAUGGUGUUUACACUUAGACUUAUCCAUAUUUUUGCAAUUCACAAACAACUUGGACCAAAGAUCAUAAUUGUGGAAAGGAUGAUGAAGGAUGUUUUCUUCUUUCUGUUUUUCUUGAGCGUGUGGCUCAUUGCCUACGGUGUGACAACUCAAGCUCUGCUACAUCCCAAUGACAGCCGAGUGGAAUGGAUAUUCAGAAGGGUUCUUUAUCGUCCCUACCUUCAGAUAUUUGGCCAGAUUCCACUGGAUGAAAUAGACACAUCACGACCAUACCCCAGGAACUGCACAUUUAACCCACUGCAGAUUCUGCAGGAGAACAUGCCAUCCUGCCCUAACAGCUACGCCAACUGGCUCGUCAUACUCCUGCUGGUCAUCUUCCUACUGGUCACAAAUGUCCUCCUCAUGAACCUCCUGAUUGCUAUGUUCAGUUACACUUUUCAAGUUGUCCAGGGCAAUACAGACAUCUUCUGGAAAGUGCAGCGCUACAACCUGAUUGUUGAAUACCAUGGUCGGCCUGCCUUAGCACCACCAUUUAUCAUUAUCAACCACGUUACUCUGGUUCUCAGAAGACUCUUCAACAAAAUGGAACAUAAGAAAAAACACCUGGAAAGAGAUCUUCCAUUGAGCCUCGAUCAAAAAAUCAUAACAUGGGAGCUGGUGCAAAAAGAACAUUAUCUUGUAAACCUUGAGCAAGAAAAGAAAGAAAGCAAUGAAGAAAGGCUAAAGGCCACAUCUAAUAAGGUGGAUAAUUUGUCUAAGUAUUUUAGUGGGUUGAAAGAACAAGAAAAACGAUUUAAAGUUCUGGAAGCCCAGAUUUGCUACUGUACAGCUGUUAUCUCCUCCAUGUCAGAGGCUUUAACCAAAACCAUCCUCUUGUGCACUCAACCAGCUCCAAACUAUACAUGUGUGAAGAGUUCCAACACAGAAGUGCCUUUACCACAAAGAAGUGAAAGAGAAGAUCGUGCAGAUCAGUUUGAGAGUGACCUCAAAUACAUUGAUAAUUAAAUUUUAAUCUAUUUUUUUCACAUUAAACCUUUUGUCCUACUGAACUACUGUAGAAUUAAAAUCCUAAUCUUUUGAAGGCCUAAGGGCAAUGAGCUGUCUAUGCUGAGCACUGCCAGUGCUUGACAUUCCAAAAGAUUUCUUAGUCUUUCUCCUUCGGUUUCCUGAGCUUUCUUUCCUGCUGUUCCCUUGGCACUCGAUCCUUUCUUCAAAACUAUUCCACAAACAGCAUUAAAGCUUUCUCCUCUAUGGUGGCUAUACCACUUUAUUUUCUAAAUACCAUUUGUUCUCCAGCUACCACACCCUCAAUUCACCAUCAUCACUGCCAAAUUCCACAGUUCUCUGUUCAAGGGAGUCUCCCUUUGGAAGACCAAUCAUUUACGCACUUAAAAACAAGUUCCUUCCUUGGCCAAGAAAUCAAGCUUGUACUCCUGAGAUGCUUAGAAAAGGAAAUCAAGAAAUAGUUUCCAAGGAAAGGGCCUGAAUAUUGAAACAUUACAAAACAUACAGUUCCUGGAAUUCCUACAACUCUCAAACAAUUACACUCACCAGCUUCUCUUCCCACACUGGCUCCUGUAAGGUGUUCCUUUGCUGGUAUUCCUUCUUAAGGGCUCCUCACUCAACCUCAGAGAGUGGAAUCACCUGGUUUUUGUUGAACAGCUGCUGCCAGUUCCCUGCUGAAAA